UUCUUCAGGCUCUGGAUGCGAGAGGCACGACGCCAGGCAGCUGCAGGCAAACACACAUGUUUUCAAACUCCUCCUCCAGCACCGAUAGACUUGCAAAAAAUAUUUUAAAUCAUCUAGAAAUAAGAGUUGGGUUGCACGGGUGCAUUUUUAUUAUUUUUGUUUUCCCAUUCACAACAGCAACCUCAAAACUGAAGUCUUUGCUUUUCAUUCACUGUUUUUUUUUUUUUUAAAUCUGGAUGGUAACACACUUUUGGACUUUUGGGCUGUCUUUGCAAAACUUGGAAAUGUUUCACCGAUGAGUUGGCGCGCCACCGAAGCUACAUCGCUGACUACCUUUGUUGAUCCUGGACGCUUGCUUUGUGUGGGGGGGGGGGAAAAAAAAGGUGAAGAGGACUGAGGACAUAAUACCUCCAUCCAGUCGCACAUCAGCAAACAAGACCACCACUUGUUUGUAAAGGAAUUCCUGAGCGAAGAAUGAUGAAAGACAACUAUGGGGGCUACGAAAACCAGCUCUUCAAAGAGGAGGAUUUCACUGGAGAGGAGGAAAUGCCUUCAUUUAGAGGUCGAGGCAGAGGUGGCUGCAUGAGGUGUCAGCAGAGUCACUCUCUCCAGCUGGCUGUCAAGGUCCUCUACGGAUUUGUUGCGUUCCUCAUCAUUACUGUGGCAGUGCUGGCGUCACUUGUGUUCAGGAGGGUCCACAACCUGUCUGAGGAGGAGUCCGUCUACCACAAGAAGAUCAGCAGGGUGCAACAAGGAAUGGAUGAUCUGAGUUCUACGUCUAACUGUUCCGGCUGUCUGGAUGUGACCCUCUACAGCGAGGAGAUGGGCAGGCUGAAGAAGGAGUUUGAAGACAUCCAGAGAAUGAUACUGGGACAGGAGCAGGUCCUGGACCAGGCCUCCCAGACCCAGGCCACGCUCAAGACCACCAGCAGCCAGCUGACACGUGACAUGCAUAACCACCUCGUGUCAAUCAAACUUCUAAACCAGUCGCUGGAGAGGUACGUGGAACGCGUGGAGGGUUGGAAGGACGUGAUCGAGGAAACUGAAGAGAAGAUGAAGACGCUGGCAGAUGAUCAGUAUGACGUGAAAGCUACGGCGCAGCUGGUUAACACCACAGUGGCUCUCAGCACAAUGUGGAUAGAUGCCCUGCAGAGAAAAGCGGACGAAGAGACUCUGGUCCUCCAGAAGUUGACUAACGACUGGCAGAACUACAGCCGGGUUCUGAGCGCCAUCAAAUCCAACGCCAGCAGCACCACCCAAACAAUACGCUUUCUCCAGAACAACGUCAUAGCAGACAACCAGAGGAAUGCCAUGUCCAAUGAGGUGUACUACGACCUCAGCCAGCAGGUGAUGAACCUUCAGAUGCAGCUUGACAACGUGACGUCCUUCAUGGAUGAACACGAGGAGAACAUGCAUGACCUUCAUUACCAUUCCAGGUACUAUCAGAACCGGACAGGUGAGCGUUUCUCUGCUUUGGAUGGUCGUCUGAACUCCAUCUCCAUGGAGAUUGAGACGAUCUCCUCCAGCAUCAACGCCACCGUCAGCCACGUCCAGAGCAUGCACAAGUACAUCGACAUCGAGAGCUCCUCCUGCGCCAGUCGCAUGGGCAGACACACUGAAGAUCUGAAGGACCUAAACAGCACAGUCUUGGUACUCCGCUCCUGGUUUGACACACAGAGACAUCAAAACUUUCUUUUAAAUGCCAAAUUGGAUCUUGACAUCAGAAACCUGUCCAUUGUGAUGGAGGAGAUGAAGCUUGUGGAUGUUCACCAUGUCCAGCUCAUAAAGAACUUUACCAUUCUAAAAGGUUUACCUGGACCCCCGGGGCCCAAAGGGAGCCGCGGUGAGACUGGCUCAAAGGGACCUGUGGGACUGAGCGGGAGCAAAGGGGAACGAGGCCCCAUAGGUGUCCGUGGGACACCUGGGGAAAAGGGUUUGGUCGGGCCCAAAGGAGCAACAGGCGAAUCAGGACCCAGUGGCCAUAGAGGCGGCGUGGGAAUAAAGGGUCCUAAAGGGUCUCUUGGCCCGCCAGGACCCCGUGGGGAGAUGGGCCAGAAAGGUGACGUUGGCGUCUCCGGCAGAGAGGGCACCCCAGGACCUGCAGGGCCUCCAGGAAUCCAAGGUCAGGCAGGACUACCGGGCAUUAUUGGGCCCCCAGGAGCAAAGGGAAAACCAGGGCCAGCAGGACCACCUGGACCGGCAGGAACCCCCGGGCAUCCGGGCAUGUCUUACCGAGUCAUGCCCGUGACACCCGCUGCUGGGUCCAAGAGACAGUGAAAAGAUGGAGUAGAGAGCAGAUGUGUACAGUGCAGAGAAGAGUUAUUGACAAUGGAAGGAGGAUCACCCAUUGCGACUGGAGAUGAGCAAUAAUCCACUGAGAGGAACCACGAGGAGGAAGAAAAGGCAAACGAAGCGUCGCUUAGAAGUGAAACGGCUCCUGUUUGUACAGAAUGUUAAUAGUGUGGCGUGUUGCAAGAAAACUGCCUCCAUCCAAGCGUCUUUGUGUUUGAUGUUGAGAAAACUCAAAGACAACAAGCUUCAUCCACAUAUAAAUUACACUUAAUUACCAUAACAGGACUGAAAAAAUAUACAAAAACACAUCCAUUAGGCGUGCGUCUGGUUGGACGCAUUGGAAGCAGAGGACAUAUUUCAGGUUGUAAUAAAUCAGAGAGCUGUUAACCUCCAAUUUAGACAAGUAGUGGUAUUUCCCAAACUGUACUCGUAUGCCCUUUUUCGCUGGGCACUGAAAAAAAACACGUAUUCUCUCCAGAUGAUGACGACACAUUCACAUCCUUUUUUGACGUUAUUGGUUCUCAAGGUGUAAAAAGUGUGCAGUUUGCUUCUCCUUGAGUUUUCCAGAGCAGGUACUCUGAAAACGUCUUUUUUCGACUUCUGGGUAAAGCUGUCACUUUAUGAGCAGCGUUUAGGUUUUGUAGAAUUCAUGGCUUCUGAGUUCAUGCGCUGACGACCUUUGUUUUACAUCGGACGCAAGAUGCUUUUAUUGUUGCUGUAUGAAUGAAGAAAGUACCGUAAGUCUUGUUGACGUGUGAAAACAUUUUGGAAAAUUCCCUUAUUGGUUUUCCUUCCGUACGUUUGAUGAGAAGCUCGACAAUACUUUAAUGCUUGAGAGAGAAGGAGCCAGUAGAUGGUUUAUGGCAGCAGGCAUGUUACAAUCCGGUGUGGACAUGUUAUAAUGACAUCAAAUUAAAUUUAUUACAGUGACUCCAUUUAACUUUUUAAAGUUUUUGACAAAAAAGAGAUAAAACCUGUGAAAAUAAUAGGAUUUAGAGAUAUCUUUCAAACGUGAUAUCACGCCUCUCAUCUAACUGAUGGAAAGAAAAUGAAUAAAUAUGCAUAUUUUCACCUUAUAAGAUGCACGCAGGUUAGAAGCUAAUGAAAGUCAUUUAACACAUAUUUUAUUAAAAAUGGAUGUAAACGUGACAAGUAAUAUCAUUUUAAAAAACAACAUUUUUCCUCAGUUAACAGACUAUUGAUUUAUAUGUGAGAUUUAGGUCGUAUGAUACAAACACAAAUGACCUUCUAUAUCAGAGAAACAAAAAGCAUUUUACAAAAAGGCAAACGUUUUUGUAAACCUGUGUGUAGUUGUAAUGAAAUGCGACUGGUUUGCAUCGAACUUCAAUAAAGCUUCUUUUUUUUAAAUCAGG